AGACAAUGAUUAAUCGUGCCAUCACUAGACACAACAGCGUUGAUAAGCGAAUGAAUAAUGGAUAUUACUAGUGCAGCAACACUUUAUUUACAACAAUUGGGUAAACAGCGUCCAAGUAUCUCGGAUUUGAAUUCUAACAUAUUCACCAAUGGUGGCCCAGAGCCCUCGUCUCUUGUCGAGAUUUCCGGUGUGCGAAAGAGCGGAAAAAGUCUUCUUUUAAUGCAGCUUGUUGCGCAUUACGUUCAACGAUGUGAUGUGAUAUUUUUUAAUAUUAGCAACAAGAUCGAUGCUCAGUUACUUGGAAGACUUAUCAAAGACGCUCUCGAGAAUUCUAACCCAAAUGCCACUCCAGCCGAGCUGGAAGACAAGAUCGAAAAGUGUAUGGAUUCAUUGAAAAUUAUAAAUUGCUUUUCAUCUUCCCAACUUGAAAUGGCUAUUAAAGCUCUGGAUCAAUAUAUUCUGCUCGACAACGGGAGAAUCAGCCUGAUUGCCGUGGAUUCUCUAUGCGAGUUCUAUUGGCUCGAUCUUGAACCAGAGGCUCGCCAACGCAAAUACACCUAUUAUAUGAACUGGCUAGCUCGGUUGAAAAAGAUCUGCAAUAAGUUUUACGUCAGUUGCAUUUACACCGUGGACAGCAGCUUUAAUAGGAAUCAAUAUACGUCAUCGCGAUCGAUAUCAAUAGAUUACAAAUUGCAUUUGGAUUUAUUAAGGAGUGGAGUGCGAACAUUAAACGAUCAAAAUAUUUGCAUAAACGAUAAAGGUGUACAAAUUAUUGAUAAAUAAAACCAAUUUACAAAAUUUACGCGCCUUUUUUUUUAUCAAAUUUGUGAUGGGAUAACUAUCGGUGCAUAGAUUUUUGCCUAUCGAUAGUUUCACACUGACAAUAGAUUACGAUAGCCAGUGAGCGAUUUUUCAUACUUGCUUGUCAUCACAAAUUUUUCUGCUCGAAGCGACGAAAAAACGUGCUAGUUUUUUUCAUUAGCCAACCGA